CGCAGAGGAGCAGGUGACUGCGGCGGGCGGCGGGCAUGGCCGCUGCCUGGAAGCGCGCGCUGCUGGUCCUGCUGGCCUCGCAGGUGGUGUCCUCGGUGAGCCCCUCGGACGAGGACGAAGUUCCCGAAGAGUGGGUCCUCCUGCACGUCGUGCAGGGCCAGAUAGGAGCCGGGAAUUACAGCUACUUGAGGUUAAACCAUGAGGGGAAGAUUGUUCUUAGGAUGCACAGCUUGAAGGGAGACGCAGACCUGUACGUGUCGGACAGCGCCCUCCACCCGAGCUUCGACGACUACGAGCUGCAGUCCGUCACGUGCGGCCAGGACGUGGUGUCCAUCCCCGCGCACUUCCAGCGCCCCGUGGGCAUCGGCAUCUACGGGCACCCGUCCCACCACGAGAGCGAGUUCGAGAUGAAAGUGUACUUCGACCGCGGGAUCGAGCAGUCCCCCUUUGCCGAGGUCGCGGCCACCGACGGCAGGGACCCGGGGCACAGGCACGCCCACGCCCCCGAGGAUGCGCUCCAGGAGGAGGAGUCCGUGCUCUGGACCAUACUAAUAAGUAUUCUGAAACUGGUACUUGAAAUCCUGUUUUGAUUCACUGAUCGUGCUCUGGAGUCUCACGCCCGUAAUCUGUGAAGUUGAUUGCAGUUCUCUUGGAACCCAGCUACACUGAUCUGGUGGAAAUUCUGGUUACUUCUUCUAAUUGGGGGAUGGAAAAUAAAGCCAUACAGUUUUGUUACCUCAUACACCCCAAAAGUAGGGAAAAGCAGCAAGAGCGAUGUAAUUUUUUUUCUCCAAAUGUCAAAAUUCCUGUAAAAGGAAUACGCACAAUAAAAUGUUUAAACUCCAGUUUGAUUAGCUUGUCAGGUGACUAAAAAUAUCGCAGUAACCCAGGUAUAUAUAAAAUAAACUGAAAUAGAGCAUCAGAUUAAAAGGUUGGUAGCUAGAACUGUAUUCUGGUUAGAAAUCCCCAGUCAACAACGUGUAGACUUUUCAGAGUUACUAAAAGCAAGUCUGAAACGUAAUGAUUUCUGGGGAUUAGGGUAGGUAUGGGGCGAAAGCCCCGUUCCUGCUCCCCAGGUCAAGUGGGCACCCCUCUCCAGACGGGUUUCCUGGCAGACAGCCCCAGGUCAUUCCUGUACCAGCUGCACCAAAUCUCAUCAGGUCAUUUGUAUUUAUCACCUUUGGCUAUAUUAAAAUUCUUCCAUCAUUAAAUAACUGUUAUGCUACCCACCAUAGGCCAGAAACAAUAUAGAUUAGGAGAAUUUCAUGCAAAUAAUAGUCACUUUCAGGUCAAUGGAGGAAGAGUUAUUUCAAUUAAAUUGUCUAAUAUUUCCAACUGAAUUUCUGGAUAGAGCCAAAGAAAUUAAAAAAAUUUUUGGAAAAUGAACUGUUAUUUCUCUACUUGACAUUGGUUUCAAGGGUAAAAGUGGCUUAUAACAAAUAAAUGAACUUGCAGAUUUUAAGCACAUAGUUAAUUUCAGAAAUCUUUUAUUGGCAUAAAAUUGAGAAUGUAAAUAAGUUGGCACCAAAUAUUUCAUUUAAAUCCAUAUCACAAUAUUGGGAUCAAAAAACUACUUUAUCCCUCUUUGCUGUUUUUCCCCCUUCUGCCCACUUUCCUGGGUGUUGGGGGGGCUCGCUGACAACAGUCACAAAUCCAGCGACCUAGGAGAAAAAUUGUUAGUUAAUAUAGUGUGAAAUUUAAUUCUUUAGGACUGAAUUUUAAACCCAUUUGGCUCUCUUUCCUUAGCUAUCACUAUUGAUAUUUCUCUGUGGAUUUGUGAUGUGAAGGACACAAAUGAGUGUACGGAGAAAAAUGUAAACUUCCCUUCAUCAGUGUAAUCAAUACCAUGUAAAAUUCAGUGCCAGUGGGGGGUGGGGUGGGAGGAGCGACUCUAUACAAUGAUAAGAAGGACUUUAAAAAAUUACCACAGUCCUUUCUGAAACCCAAACGCUAUCCUACUUUCAGAGUUCAAUACUACAAAUCCUCAUGUAACACCUGUUACACAGAGUUUGGCUUAUUUCCAGCCUUUUUCUCUGCUGUUCAGUGGCAGCUCCUGAGGCCUGGUGUACCAGACACGCACUUUAAACCCAUCAGUGAUAAACUACCAUGUACUCCAUCUGAGUUACUCCAGAACUUCAAGUUGCCUGUUUCUUAAUGAUUCCCAGGAAACUUAGUGCUAGGCAUAUAUUUUAUAAAAGUAUGAUACAGUGUUAACUAUGCAAAUAAGUUCUAAAUUUACACAAUUAUGUGUAAUAUUUUAGUCCAAUUACUGUGAUUUAUUCUUUGACUCUGUGUUCAUUCCAAAGUUAUCUGGAAUUGUCAUGCUGCCUCAUUUUAUAGAAAUCUGGUUUAAUAUUUAUAAAGGCAUAGCAGUCAUUUUAGAUGACAUAAAAAUAAAAUCAAGGCUUUGAAACAAA